UUUAAUCUCGCUUCUCAGUACUAACAUGGGCUAAUCUGUGGAAGCAGCUUAUUCCAGUGUCACCCAGGGUGCAGCCACACCAGGCUCUGCAGAAGGGUGUUUUUCUUUUAAAUGUAAUACCUUCUCAUAUUUUCUUCUUAAAUAGUAGCUGAGAACAUUUACGUUAUAGAUAAGUAGUACAUGGUGGAAAAUUCUACUUUCAAGAGAACUUACUCUCUUCUUACAAGAGUAAAUGGUGCUAGCCCUCAAGAAAUUGUGGCUCCAGACUAUUUUGAAGUUCUAGAUUGGUCCCCUACACAGGACAACAUGAAGGAGUAUGUGCUGCUAGUGUUCUUGACUUUGUGCUCUGCCAAACCCUUAUUUCACCCUUCGUACCUGACACUGAAGAAUAUGAUGCUGAAGGACAUGGAAGACAAAGGUGAUGGUGAUGCUGACAACUCUCUUUUUCCAACAAGAGAGCCAAUUAACCCCUUCUUCCCAUUCGAUCUGUUUCCAACAUGUCCGUUUGGAUGCCAAUGCUACUCGAGAGUUGUACACUGUUCUGAUCUAGGUUUGUCCUCUGUCCCAAGCAACAUUCCAUUUGAUACCCGAAUGGUUGACCUUCAAAACAAUAAAAUUAUGGAAAUCAAAGAAAAUGAUUUUAAAGGACUCAUCUCACUUUAUGCUUUGAUUCUGAACAACAACAAGCUAACAAAGAUUCACCCCAAAGCCUUUCUAACCACAAAGAAGUUGCGAAGGCUAUAUCUGUCCCACAAUCAACUAAGUGAAAUACCACUUAAUCUUCCCAAAUCAUUAGCAGAACUCAGAAUUCAUGACAAUAAAGUUAAGAAAAUACAAAAGGAGACAUUCAAAGGAAUGAAUUCUUUACAUGUGCUAGAAAUGAGUGCAAACCCUCUUGAUAACAAUGGGAUUGAACCAGGGGCAUUUGAAGGGGUAACAGUGUUUCAUAUCAGAAUUGCAGAAGCAAAACUGACCUCAAUUCCUAAAGAACUACCUUCAACUUUACUGGAGCUACAUUUAGAUUAUAAUAAAAUUUCAACUGUGGAACUAGAGGAUUUUAAACGAUACAAAGAUCUGCAAAGGCUGGGUCUAGGAAACAACAGAAUCACAGAUAUCGAAAAUGGAAGUCUUGCUAACAUACCACGUGUGAGAGAAAUACACUUGGAAAACAAUAAACUGAAAAAAAUCCCUUCAGGAUUACAGGAGUUGAAAUACCUCCAGAUAAUCUUCCUUCAUUCUAAUUCAAUUACGAAAGUGGGAGUGAAUGACUUCUGCCCAACAGUGCCAAAGAUGAAGAAGUCUUUAUACAGUGCAAUAAGUUUAUUCAACAACCCAGUGAAGUAUUGGGAAGUACAACCUGCAACAUUUCGUUGUGUUUUGAGCAGAAUGAGUGUUCAGCUUGGGAACUUCAGAAAGUAAUAAUUAGUAAUUAGUGAUAUCCAUUUAAUGUAAAAUUCAAAAAUUGUUACAUUUGGAAUACUUGAACUGUAUUUAAAAUGGUGGUAUUAUGCACAUAAGCAAAAAAUCUAUUCCCAUGUGGUAAGUCCACUGACUUACUGUACGACAAAAAAUUUCAACAGAAUUUUGCAAAAACUAUUGAUACAUCAGGAAUAAAGGAAAUAAGUAUCUGUUGCAGUUUCCUUUUACAUAUAAAUGAUUUUGCAUAAAUCUCAUGCUUGAAUGUUCUUUCUCAGUAACAAAAAAUAAGACAUUCAGUAUUUAACACUUUGUUAUCAAGUGCAUUUAAAAAAGAACUGUACUGUAAAUGGAAUGCUUGACUUAACAAACUUUGUGCUCUUUCAUCUGUUAUUAGAAAAAGAAAAUUGACAAGUACGGUUAUAUAA